AUGGCAGAAGCAAUUCUUAUAUCUGUCACAAAAUCCGUUCUUGGAAAGCUGGCUUCCUUUACUGGUGAUCUUGCUUUGACCUCUGCUACAGAAGAGAUCAAAGCUGCCAGAGUACUUAAAAAGGAUCUCGAGAUGAUAGCCAGCAAGCUUUCUGCAAUCUGUGCUGUGCUUCAAGAUGCAGAGCAGAGGCAGUACACUAAUGAGUCGAUCAAGAUUUGGUUAAGAGAUCUCAAAGAUGUUGUUUACGACAUAGAUGAUCUUCUGGAUGAAGUCGCAACUGAUGCUUUGCAGCGUACUGCCAAUGAGGGUCAAUUCCUCAUCCAGCUGAGGUACUUUCUUUCCGCUUCAAAUCCCUUAAUCUUCCGGUUUGAUUUGACUCACAGAAUAAAAGACCUCCGUCAGAAGUUGGAUGAGAUCGUGGCUAAGAAAAAUGAUUUUGGAUUGACUGAUCAUCCUAUUGAAACAACACUUGUAGAUAGGAAUCCUUUAGAUGCAUGUGCCUAUGUGAAUAAGUCCGAUAUUAUUGGGAGAGAUGAGGCUAAGCAGGAUAUUAUAAGGAUGCUUUCAGCUGUCGGUGAUUCUAGUAGUCUCACUGUACUUCCUAUAGUUGGGCUGGGGGGAAUUGGAAAAUCCGCAUUGGCUAAGUUAGUGUACCAUGACGAGUGGGUUGUUCGUGCAUUUGAUAUGAAGCUUUGGGCAUGUAUCUCUCACGAGUUUGACCUGCGGAAGACGAUGGAGGAUAUUUUAAAGUCUGGUACUAAUGACAAUGGAUGUCAUUUAACUUUAGGACAGGUGGUAGAAAAACUUCAGAAUUUGUUGAAGGGGAAGAAGUAUUUUCUUGUGCUAGAUGAUGUAUGGCUUCAUGACAUUGUUGUGUGGACAGAGUUUAAGAACAUGCUAACAACUGGUAAAGACGGAAGCUUGAUUUUGGUUACUACAAGAGAUGCAAAUGUCGCUAGUGUUACAGGAACUGUUAGACCCUAUGAUUUGGGUGGUCUUCAAAAUCUUCAUUGCUGGUCCAUAUUCAGUCAGUUAGUAUUUGCAGAAGGGGAGGAACAAAGAUGUCCCAGUCUUGCUAAUAUUGGAAGAUCUAUUGUUGAGAAAUGCCUUGGGGUUUCACUUCUUGUUAAAACUUUAGCAAGUUUAUUACGAACUGAGAGGGAUGAGCGAGAAUGGAAGCGCAUUAAUGAAAAGGGAAGCCUCAUAGGUUUGCACACGCAAUACAGUAAUGUUAUACAAGUCUUAAAACUCAGUUAUGACAGGCUUCCGUCACACUUGAAGCCAUGUUUUGCUUAUAGUUCCUUGUUUGUGAAGGAUUCUAAACUUUAUCCACCUGUCUUGUCAUAUUACUGGAGGGCAUUAGGAUUGUUGCAACAAAGUAACACAGAUGAUGAAUAUUAUGAAGGCAUUGGACACAAUUUCUGUGUUGAGUUGAUAUCAAGAUCCCUUCUUCAAGAACCAUGGAUCGCUUUUGACAAGUCCGUAUUCCAUUGUCAGAUGCAUGAUCUCUUACACGAUCUAGCCACAAAUGUUCUAGGAGAAGAAUUAGCCACUGUAACACUUAAGGCGCUUAAAGUUUCUAAAAUGUCAAGACAUAUAGUUUGGGGAAGUGAAGGAUAUAAUGGUUUAUCAGAUGAAGAAUUCCCGAAAGAGCUACUCAAAGCCAGAAAAGCUCGAACGUUUAGAUUUGGUUAUAAGCUGGGCAAGAUCAGUAAAUCCUUUCUCAGGGAUCUUAUUUCCAACUUCAAACUCUUGCGUAUCUUAGAUCUUGGGAAUAGUGAUUAUGAGGAGUUGCCCAAAUCAAUUGGAGAUUUGAAGCAAUUGAGAUAUCUUGAUUUAAGGUUCAAUGAAAGUAUCAAAAUUCUUCCAGAUACAAUAUGCAAGUUAGUAAAUCUACAAACGUUGCAUCUUUAUCGGUGUCAGCAGCUGAAAGAGCUUCCCCGGGAUAUGAACAAGCUGGUAAGCUUAAGGAAUUUUAGUGUGACUACUUGCCAGACGACCUUAACUGACACCACAUUUAAUGGCUUGAGAGCUCUACAAAGAUUGGGGUUCUGCUACUGCAAUAGAUUGACAACAUUGUGGGAUUCUGCAGUUAUUGGAGGCCUCACAUCUCUUCGAGAGUUACGAAUAGAAACUUGUCCUAGACUAACCCGUCUUCCAGACAGCAUGAAACACCUUGCUUUUCUUGAGAAGCUAGUCAUUUCCGACUGUCAAGAGAUGGAUUUGGAGGAUGGACAAGGCUUACAUGGCUUAAAAAGCCUACGAGAGUUGGAGAUUUCAGGAAUUCCGAAGCUGAUUUCUUUACCUGACGGUAUUCAAUCAGCCGCGAUAUCUCUUCAAUAUCUUUCCAUUGGAAAUUGUGGGAGCUUGUAUGAACUUCCAAAUUGGUUGAGACAUUUCACUAAUCUUGAAAGAAUGUAUAUCUUCAACUGUCCUAAUUUGGUGGCUUUGCCAGAAGGCUUUCGAUAUCUUAGUUCUUUACAAAAAAUGGCCAUUCAUGACUGCUCUCAGUUGACAACAAGAUGUGCAAUACCAAAUGGAGAAGACUUUUGUUACAUACAGCAUGUUCAUGACAUUUUCCUUAAUGAUCGAUGGAUCAAAUUAUCUCCAACUCAACAAGGCACUUCUUAG